AAUCCUAAAAGGUGAGUUUUCUAAGUUAUUGUGUGCGGAGAGUUGAAUGUUUUGGUUGGAUCGCGUUGUUCUCGGUUUGUGUGUGUGAUCGAUAUCCCUUUGGAUCUCUUGAGAAUCUAUGGUGGUGUGAGAGAUCUAAGGUGGGGAUGGUGACGGUGAAUCUGGGUAUGCUUCAUUAUGUGUUGGACCAUAUAUACGGAGCAUUCAUGCACAGAACUAAGAUGAGCACGCCGUUCUUCUCGCGAGGGUGGGGUGGGACGAAACUGGAGAUGCUGGAGAGGAUGAUAAAGCAAUUGUUCCCGGAAGUGCAAGUGGCGGGGCAGAAUUGGCCUCCCACUAUGAUUGAACCGGUUUGGAGAACCCUUUGGGAGACCAAGACGGCUACUUUGAGAGAAGGGGUAUUCAGAACCCCUUGUGAGGACCAACUGCUUGCUGCAUUGCCCCCUGAGAGCCACACUGCAAGGGUUGCAUUCCUCAUCCCCAAGCCUCUCCCCCCUCACAAAAUGGCCUGCGUCCUUCAUCUUGCUGGAACCGGAGACCACUCAUUUGAGAGAAGAUUGCGCCUUGGUGGACCUCUCGUCAAGCAAAACAUUGCAACCAUGGUACUUGAGAGUCCAUUUUAUGGACAAAGACGGCCUAUGCUGCAGCGUGGUGCAAAACUUUUGUGUGUUAGUGACUUGCUUUUAUUA